ACCCGACUAGCAUUACUUUCUGCUAGAUAUUAAUUUGAUGCAAUUGUAUGAUCAUAAGAUCAAUUUUUCAUUAUAGUGCUUUUUCUAUUACGUGUGAUUCGUUUAGCCGUUUAAGAAAAAUGUGAUUAAAGCUUAUUAUAAAGAAAUAUAAAUGUAGGCACAUAAAUAUAAGGCAAGUAAACGUACACCAAUACAUUAAUUAAUUCCAAAGUUUACAAAAAAAAAAAAAUAAAAAAAAAAAAUUCAUACAUUUUAUAUGAAAUUAUUAUUGAAAACAUUUCGAAUCUGUCCCGAAGUCAAAUGUGAUAAUAAUUAAAGACAUAAUCAAGUAAUUAGUGAACACUUGGUGAGCGAUACUAAUAAUUUUGUUGUUAUUUCGAGUUAAAUUCAUUUAUAAAAAUAGUAAAUUAAUCAGAAAACUGAGUUAUGAGUGCGCUGCUUUAAAAACUUGAAUCUAUUUGUAAACGUUUUUUUAUGCCGAUAAAAAAAAAAAAAAAAAAAGGAAAUAAUAUCAAUCAAACAUGUCCGAAACGGAGGUUAACGGCAAAAUCUACGAUCAUCGUGUUUUACCGCAUUGGUCGAAUGUAAAGAACGAAACCAAUGGUUCUAUUCAUUAUUCCCCUGACAUGAUAUUCAAUGCUGGUCAUCGGCUAUCGAUUACAGGUUACAGCAUACUGUUCGUACUCUCUCUCAUUGGUAAUUCGACGGUAUUGUAUUUGCUUACUAAGCGGCGUUUGAGUAGCCGACAUACAUCGCGUAUUGAUAUUAUGUUAAUGCAUUUGGCAAUUGCCGAUUUAACUGUGACACUAUUGUUAAUGCCGUUGGAAGUUGCUUGGUCCUAUACGGUGGAAUGGAAAUCAACCGAUUUUAUGUGCCGUCUCAUGAGUUUCUUUAGAGUUUUUGGUUUGUAUUUAUCAAGUUUCGUCUUGGUAUGCAUAUCAGUUGACAGAUAUUUUGCUAUAAUUAAACCAUUAAAAAUGUCUACUAACCGUGGGCGAUUAAUGCUUUUGAUCGCCUGGUGCACUUCAAUUAUAUGCAGUUUACCUCAGGCUUUAUUAUUUCAUUUAGGUGAACAUCCUAAUGUUAAAAGCUAUUACCAGUGCGUUAUGUUUGAUACCUUAAGUCAAUUUCAAUCCAUUCUCUACAAUAUGACAACUAUGUGUGCCAUGUAUGCCUGUCCUUUAAUCACUUUCAUCUAUUGCUAUGGAGCUAUUUAUUUGAAAAUCUAUCGCGAAAGUAAACGUAUGAGCAAAGGCGUGGAACGUUUUCGCCGUUCAAACGAUGAUGUGCUAUGUCGAGCCAAGAAGCGCACUUUGAAAAUGACUAUCACUAUUGUCAUUGUCUUCAUAAUAUGCUGGACGCCUUAUUACAUAAUUUGCAUGUUCUAUUGGUUCGAUUAUAAUACAGCUUCACGGUUUAGUCCCUUAUUGCGCAAAGUAUUGUAUUUGUUCGCUUGUACCAAUUCGUGCAUGAAUCCCAUUGUCUACGGCAUGUUCAAUAUACGAGGACGGGGAGAUAACAACGCGAAUUCAUCAAGUAACCGUAAUCCGUCCGUGUAUCAACGUGGAGAUUCAUCAAGUCAGAUUCCUACAAGUCCCUUUAAUCUGAACCAUACUGAGAGCAAUAAAAUACCACCGACACGUACUUCGACAAACGAUAAAUUGGUAAACUCAUCGCUGGCCAAACUCAAUAAGGCAGACACAUUACCCAUGAUCUGCAUUAGUUGUGGUGACUCUAUUGAACUUACUAAUCUACAAAAAAGUUGUAAUACCAAUUCCAGUGGCAAAUGAGUAACGCCAAGGUGCGAUGAUGAUUAAAUUAUGAAAAAAAAUAAAUAAAAAAAAAAGUAGGCUUGCUUCCGCGGGCGUAUAGCACACAAACACAUCCAUACACACAAACACAUUUAUACAUACAUACACGUACGCUUAUCAUAAAUCAAUCAGUGAACAAUCAUUACGAGACAUUCCGACAGUUUGGUCGAAUGAUUGACAGCGCUAGGGAAGAGAAAGGGGGGAAAAGAAUCUUUUUUAAAAAUGCUUACAUUGACAAAUAUUGUGUUCGAAAAAUAGUAAGUGAAAAAUGAUGUAGAAAUAUUUUAAGUAGAAAAAGUGUUUGUACCCAUCGUUGUAACUCUUCUGAGAUUCCGUUCGUUGUAAUCUGAAAAAUACGCAUUAUAAGGGUGGGACUUUUCUGAUCUUAUCCCUCUUUCCCGUGUAAAAACUCGGAAAAAAACUUUAAAGUUUAAUAUAACUUUUAAUGUCAGAAGUAAAUCUCUAUGCAAAUUCAAUAAAAUAUUUGCUUAGCCAGUCUAAAAGUUCAACGUGAAACUUUCACGAUCGCGCAAAAUAAAAAAAACUGAAACCUGAAAACGAUUUGAGGUGAUGAGUAUUCGAGAUUCGCUUGAUAGCGUCUGUAGCUUUAUUAAAACGUUCAACUUUAUGCCCACACUUAAUUUACUAUGUAGCUGUAGAUGAUAAUGUCUAUAAACGAAUGCAUGUACGCACAUACCAACAUGUACAAAUUUGUGAAAAAAAAUAUACAUA